CGGCAGGCACUAACUUAAAUAUUGAGUUGUUUUAUAAGUAGUACAAUUAUUACCUCUAUGAGCCAUUGUACUAGUUUGACAAAUGGGGAAUAAACCGAGGCGUCUCUGGCCUUUUUGAUGACCAACACGCUUAGGGGAGGCUUGUACCAUGUCAGUCUUUGACUGGCCGGGUCUUGGAUUGUCCUAAAAAACGAGAGUUUGUACACAAUCUGGCAACCCUGAGAAAGGUUUUUGUUGCACAGCGUUGCCACUUAGUAAUAAUUUGCAUAGAAUUUGAUAACUUUUAAGUAAAUCUUACCUAUAUUGUAUAGCAUUGCUUUUACAAACUGUAAAAUUAUUAUUUCCGUAAACUGCACUGAUCAGAUCCCCUUCAGCGACCAUUUUUUAAUAAAAUCGAUCAUUAUUUUUCGCUUUGUCAUUGAAUUAAUGUGUAUGUAUAGGUACAUAAAUUAAAUUGGUUAUCAAACUCAAUGGUUUAUUUAUCUUUUGAACGACUACCGCAAUCAACAAUUCAAAUGACGUUGGUUUUUAGUAAGAUUGCGGUUUUAUCGAUAUACUUACAUGACCAUAGCAGAAUUUUUCAUUAUACGACCGCAUGGUCCGAAAUGUUGUACUGGCGAAGGUGCGUUCAACGAUCUCGUUCUUCUGAAACAAAAUCAAUAUCGAUAUAGUAGGCCCUUCUCUAGACUGUACAAUAAUUAUUGUAUUUUGGGUACUCACGGCCAUGUCCCAGAUCGUUUUUGUUUGCGAUUGUCCUCGGAAUCAUCCAAUAAUCGAUCGAAAACGUCGUCGAAUUGCUUUAAACCAAAUGACUGGUCGCUUUGGGCUUUAGAUUUUGGAGAAUUAACCACCGAGUCCGCGUGAGAUUCUAAAUGUUCCGCCGACUUACAUUUGUACAUUAUUGAAUUCUUUACACGAUAAUGAGUUUAUUUAUUAUUGGAGGAUCGCCUAGAGGCCUUCAAAAAGUGACUUUCACUUUGCCAAAUAAAUGUACCAAGUUUAGUACAAUAAUAAUUUCAAUAUGAGGCAAAAAAAAAUUACGCCCGAGCAGGGACUUGAACCCUGGACCCUUGGAUUAAAAGUCCAAUGCUCUACCGACUGAGCUACCCGGGCUAUGACAAAUAUUUCCCAAAUUCAACUAGUUAAAUUGAGUUGCAUAGAUUGCGGCAUAGAGUGUGGGGUUUCCCGAAUAUUUUGCCUCAGCGGCACUGCUGGUGUAGUGGUAUCAUGCAAGAUUCCCAUUCUUGCGACUCGGGUUCGAUUCCCGGGCAGUGCAAUAGAAUUUUUUUUUUGCUAAUUUAAGUAGGAUUUAUGAGAAUUGAGGCUUUAGUUAUAGCUAUGACAUCAUUUGAACUAUGUCACGGACUUUUAUAAUGCAUGAGCAGGACUUUUGUUGAAUCAAACUCGUCAUAAUCAAUAGGAGACAGAGACUCGCUGGUCAACUAAAUGCGGUCCUGAGAAAAGUAUUACGUAGUUUUGAUGAGAAAUCGGGGCGUCGGAAGGAAAACCAGUUUCAGUGUUUCGUUGCGAGCCUCCGUAGUAAAUCGACUCAGUGGUUUAAGAAAAAUAAUAUUCUGUUUGUAGGUAACUUAAGCCACACAAACACAUAUAAUGGCCAUCAGUAGGUUGUCGAUUAUUAAGUUUCUGGAACUGCUUGUAGCAGUCGUUUGCGUCGGUCUACACUACAAAAGCCAAACUGGAGACUGGAACGUCGACACUUUGUCCGCUGUCGCAUUUGGGGGUUUCAUUAUCAUCCUGGUUGGAGGAUUUGCAGGGUACCUAAUUAGUGCUCCAAUCAACAAGAAAAUCGACAUCUUCUACAGCUUGGUGGGUUGCGCUAUUUUUGUAGCUGCAGGCGCCCUUAACAUCAAACAUUACGAUAACAGUUGGAAGGGAGAGCACAGAGAUUAUGGUGACUUGAUGAUAAAAUGCGGUUCUACUUGGUGCAAACGCCGAGUGCAAGUGCGUGCCGGCCAAUUGCACGUUUCUGAGCCUACUUCGAUGAAAAUGCCUCUGAGGCAUCUCAGCUUGCAAGCAGGCCCUUUGCCUCACAGUCUAGCAAUUUGCCGGGGACAAAAUAUCGUUUUAACGUUACAAACGCAAAACGAACAAACCUUUGAUCAGUGGGUGAAAACUAUAGCAAUUGAAUUAAUAAGGCAAACCCCAGUGGAUGCAAUCAAGUAUUUAGAUAUACUAACAUUGGGCGAAAGAGUAAAAGUAAAACCACCACCAAAUAGCAACUGUGAUUCGCCUGAAGAAGUAGUUGAAACUCUCCUGAAGAAGUGCCAAAACACCGAAACGUACGUGCCAGUCAAAGAGAAACUUUGCCUGUUCGAAUCCCUGUGCAAAAUGGGCCGUAAGGUGCGCAGCUCAGAAGACGUCUCGUCCAAACCUUUCAGAAAACCUGAGCCCAAACGUGCCAAGUCUUGCCACGAUCUGAGCAAUAUGAACGCUGUAAGAGAAAUUUGUAAAUAUUUCGAAAGUUGCGCCAAUAAUACAUAAAAAUGAAUGAUGAAUUUGCCAUUUUGUGAUAUUAAUUAAUUAAUUAAUAAAGUAGUUGUUUUUAUUCUAAUAUUAAUUGCUUCUAUUUUUAGCCCUCUUUCAUCAAAACAAAAGUGCCCUUAUUUUGCAAUGGAAGGGCGCGCGCAAAUAAUCGAAAUUGCCGCGUUCCUGACAUUUAUUUUAGCCCACAGUAGUUGAAAAAGCAGGAACGAAUGUAGCCCUGCAGUGUGAGCGUCGCGACGUCGCAAAAAGGGCGUCCGUUGCACCCAUCUUCGGACGGUGUGUGGGCGUAAACAUGAUCUCUGAUUCAUAAAGAAAACAUGCCGGAACGUCGUAGCCCUUUGAUGAAGCCCUUCGUGGUACUGGCCUUGCCUGGCAUGUACUUGUUUUACAAGUACAACCAGUACAAGAGGAAGCGGAAAGAAAACGCAACCAAACGCUUGGCCGAAAGGGAGUUGCAACAUUUAAACAGCAAAAUUGACAAACUCUUAUCAAAACUGGAAGAAAACGAACCGGAAUUGGCCACUUGCCAGGAAGAAGAGUGCGUUAUAUGUAUUCACGCCAAAGCCACGAUGCAAACUUCUCCCUGCGGUCACCAAGUAGUUUGCAGAAAAUGUUUUGUGAAAACUAUCCAAAUUGCCGUAUCGCAACGAUUGCUGCCUUUGAGAUGCGUCAUUUGCAGAGCCAAAAUUCUACGACUAAAGACUGGUGCAGUACUGCCUUCGUCAGCAUCUGGCUACUCAAUGACUUCAGAAUCAGUACCGCAAUCCGACAGUUUGUACAGCGUAAGCAGCGGAGGCUCUUCCAUUUUAUCUUCAACUUCUGGCUCUUCCACUCACGCUUGUUGCUCUGGUCAUUGCAUUGGAGGCGCCUAUCCAAGACAACCCAGAACUGGUGCAAUAAAAAGAUCUCAAAAGCAAGACAUGAAAAUGACUCUUAAAGACUACUGCAGCAAGAACCGUUUGCCUCCGAUUCGAGAGGCGAGUCCUUUGCACAGUGUGCAGCCUCCUGCCUCUACGAGAAUCAGAUGCGCUCAGAAGAUUCUGACGCAACUGGAAAUGCCGCUGCUUGUCCGCAAAACUUACAAAUAUGAAAAAUUAGCCCAAGAGGACGACAACUUGCACAAAAAGGAGAAAAUCGACAACAAAAAGAACGAAAUAACUGAAAAGAAUAUGAUGGUGAAGAAGAAUAAAUUUUGAACAAACCUCAUAUUAAAUAAUCAAAACAAGUUUAUUAGGUCAAUUUUCUAUAAUACUUAGUACAUAUCUUUAUAUAAAAAGGAGUUUUAAAUUUAUAUAAAAGUGAUGGCAAUAAUUAUAGAGGCCUAGAGGCCUCAAAUUUUAGCUCUAAAGUACUUCAAAAUGUUCAAUUGCAUAAUAUAAUAAUAGAGAUGAGUUAAUUAACAAAUGUUAAAUACCUAGGUACUAUUAAUUCUGAUGAAUUCGAGUACUGGAACUCACUAAACCAAUACAACAAUAGGUAAUGCUUUUGUGCAUUUUUAUUGAUAAAUACUAGCUGGUUUUGUUUUCAAUAAACAACUAAUAAGAUGCAUAGGUAAUGCAUGAAAUUAAUUAAUUAUAGUAAGAUUUGUUUUGUAGUGGUCGGGUUGAUUGAUGAUUUAAUAGCCGGUAUAGUACCGCAUUUUAUUAGCGGUACCAUCAGUAAAUAUGGUUGGGUUGGUUGGAAAGUUGUAGGCGGGGUUUCUAUUGAGAGUUCUUAAUGGUAAUUCAAAAAAAUACAGAUCCACUCUGUAUACUUAAUGUAUAAUCCAUUAGAGGUUUUAGUUUCGCUCAAUUUUGACUUUACAAAUCGAUAGAUGAGUGGGUCAAAAUUAGAGGAAAACAACCCUGACAUCAAUUCCGAAUGGCGAUUUCAAGCAGAACAAAAAUUAAAAAGGAAAUCCUAUUUUUGGCUCUGGAUGAAGGUUUUCAAAAUCUUGACAUGGUCAUCAACAAUUGCCCAUAUUUUUGUUAAAUUCUUAGCAAAUUAAAAUAAACUAUAUAUCAUUAGAAAGAGCAAUAAAUUCUCUAUAAAUCCGUGCAAAAUUGAGUUCAAUAGCUCAAACAGUUUUUGAGCAAUUGAGCCUCAAAGUUAACUUUUAGUCCGAAUUUUGUCGAAAACUUCAAACUCAAUUUGCUCAAAAACUCUAAACCUGGGAAUAUUGUAGAUUAUAGGACUUUUAGAGCUUGCUGAAAAUUUCAAUGCAAUUUGCUCAACGGUUAAUGAGCAAUUGAACUUUGAAUAUUUUGAAAUCAGAAUUCAAAGAGGGUAGGUAGGUAGAUAUAGGUAUAGGUACCCUUAUGGAAAACUCGAUUUUUCUAUUUUUCAGUUUUGCUCAAUUUUGACUUUACCAAUCGAUAGAGGGGGUAAAAAUUAGUGGGAAACGACCCCGACAUCAAUUCCAAAUGGCCAUUUUAAGCUGAAAAAAAAAUUAAAAAGGAGAUCCUAUUUUUCAAAAUCUUGACAUGGUGAUGAACAAUUACCCAUAUUUUUGUUAAAUUUUGAGCAAAUUAGAAUAAACUAUAUAUAUCAUUAGAAAGAGCAAUAAAUUCUCUAUAAAUCCGUGAAAUAUUGAGUUUAAUAGCUUUCUUAUUCUUGUUCAGCAUUUUGCCCCAUAGGACAUGAUGUCCACCUUAUGAUGAAAUUGGUUUGAAAUUAAUAAUAAAGUUUAUGAGGUAAAAUGUAGGACUAUAUAUGUCGAUCAUUUUGAGGAAACGAAUUAAGUGAGCCCUAUUGGUGGUCGUUUUAUUUAUUUUUUUGGGCAAAAUGCCAAAAUGUUGGAGGGAUUUGAUGGAAAUUAUGCAAAAAAUGGAUAAAGAAAAGCUUCAUAUUCAGGAAAAAAACAUAGGUAGGUAACUUUGCAGCUUAUUGGCAGCUACAAAACUAGGUUUUUUUUUUUAUUUUCCGAUUUUCCGAGACUUUUCCAGUGUUUUUUAAAUUAAAUGAAGCCUCUUGUAAAUUAAUUUUUUUCUGGAAAACUAGCAACGAGAAAAUUUUGAAAAUUUUUCAGGAAAAAGAGGAAAGUGUAAAGCUCAUUAUAGGAAAAUUUCAAAAUUUUCCAAUAGGAAAUGACUCCAGGAAAAAUUCCCAGAGAAUUUACUUAUUUAAACAAAAUUAAGAAGAAUUUACUUCUCGCAUUUUAU